CGUCACACAUUUUGAAGAAGAGGCACGAGCUUUUCUCGAACUUUCCUUGGGUUCAAAUGAUGAGGUCGAGUUGUUGUUUUUUUCCCAGACGGGUGUAAAAACUUUUAGUAAUCACACAGGGUUUGUUUUAACGCUUUAGUUAUACAGUUUAACAUCAACACGACGUUUAAAAAGAAAGAGAAAGACUUGUUUUUAAGGGUUUUAUGUGAACGCCGGUGUUAUUUAACGGUAAAAACCGCUCGAAUCCGAUCUAAUAAACUCCCCAUGGAUCCGACAGCGGUUUGACUCGACACGUAGGAGUUUCUGACACGAUUUUAACACGUGAAUAUUUGUUGUUUGUAAUGAGUAAAGAUUAUUAUAAAGUCCUGGGCAUUCAGAAAGGCGCCUCUGACGAUGAGAUUAAGAAAGCGUACAGAAAACAAGCGCUGCGGUUCCAUCCGGAUAAAAACAAGUCCCCCGGAGCUGAGGAUCAGUUUAAAGAGAUCGCAGAAGCUUACGACGUGCUGAGCGACGCCAAGAAGAGAGACAUUUACGACCGGUACGGCGAGGAAGGACUUAAAGGCCAUACUGGAGGUUCUGGAACGAGUGGGUCAAGCUAUGCGUUCCACGGAGAUCCACACGCCAUGUUUGCUGAGUUCUUCGGAAGCCGCAGUCCAUUUGAUCAGUUCUUCACCCACGGAGCUGAUGACGAUGACAUGGACGUGGAUGAUCCCUUUGCGGCGUUUGGCAUGGGGGGCAUGGGAGGCUUUCCCAGGCCCUUUAAGACUCGCAUCGGCGGUGUGCAUGCUGCACGAGAGAAGAAGAAAGACCCUCCUGUUAUUCACGAGCUCAAGGUGAGCUUGGAGGAGGUGUUCUCUGGCUGCACUAAGAAGAUGAAGAUCUCACGUAAGCGGCUGAACCCAGACGGCCGCACGGUCCACACCGAGGACAAGAUCCUCACCGUGAACAUUAGGCCUGGCUGGAAGGAGGGCACAAAGAUCACGUUCCCUAAAGAAGGGGACGAGACACCCACUAACAUCCCCGCUGACAUUGUGUUUGUUGUAAAAGACAAGGCACAUGCAGUAUUCCGCAGAGACGGCUCAGAUAUAAUCUACUCCGUAAAGAUUUCCCUCCGAGACGCACUCUGUGGCUGCUCGAUCACUGCGCCGACGCUGGACGGCCGGACCAUCACCGUGGCGUGUCGUGACGUCAUCAAACCAGGCAUGAAGAAGAGGGUCGUGGGUGAGGGACUGCCCCUGUCCAAAUGUCCCGAUAAGAGAGGAGACAUGGUGCUGGAGUUUGUUGUGAAGUUUCCUGACAAAGUGGCGCAGAACACUCGUGAUGCUCUGUUGGAGAUCCUCCCACCGUGAAUGGCCAUUGUGGGGGUGUGUAUGUGUGGGUGGGCAGAGUAGGUAGGGUUGGGGUCGGGAGAGAUGGGGUGGUUGGUAGCGGAGACGACGGGGUGGGUUCUGCUGCACACGACCAGACUGCUUCACAGUAUUAAUUUAUAAACCACUUGAGUGCACUUUUGCCGUCACUGUGAACCCUUUGCACAGUACUGACAGACACUCAAGACACACACUCACACAGACACACACACACACACACACACACACACACACACACACACACACACGGUGUGAACCUUAGAUGGAGAUGCCUUUAUAAUUUUUUCAGCUUCUGCAAGAGUCAGUGCUGUUUUAUCAUGGAAGUUAGGAAAACACAGCCAUGUGGGGUGUGUUUGUGUUUGUGUGUUGGGUGUGUUUGUGGGUGUGUUUGUGGGUGUGGGUGUGGGUAUGUGUGUGGGUGUGUUUUUGUGGUUGUGUUUUGGUGUGUCAAGUUUUGUUUAGGUGUGUGUGGUUGCGUUUUGGUGUGUCUAGUUUUGUUUAGGUGUGUGGGUUUGUGGGUGUGUGGGUGGAGCAGAAGGCGGGUAUCCUGAGUCAUUAUCUUCUCCCACCGAUUCCACACCCUUUAAUGAAUUUCCUCACCGUAACCCUGUACUGAUUCACGCAUCUCAGAUCCUGAAACCUUUGAAACACCAUUUGACCUCCUGAAAACAGAUUUUUGUAUCAUCUAUAUGCAAAUUAAUGAAUGACUUAUUAGUAACGUCAUUCUUCAUUUCUAUUUAUUUCAUGAAAAUAAAUGCAUCAAAAGAUGCGGCUUUGCCAGGUGGUGGCAGCAGUGUGGCCACUUGCUGUUUUAAAACCUGAUCUCAUGAAACAAUCAAUCCAAGGAUUAAUGUAUUUCAGUUAUCUUUACAAACAUUAUAGUUCCAAAUAAAAUUGUGUUCUCAGA